AGAGACGCCUCCUGAAUGGAGUCCUGCCUGUUCUCGUAUAUAAAGGGGGACAGAGAGAGUCCUCGUCCCUCCAGAGCUCCAGUCUUCAUCCCCGCCGGCCGGCCCGUCCUGUCCCUCCAGCACACACAGAUUACUGCCAGUAUGGUGGGUCUGAAGCCGUCAGAUGUUCCUCCUCCUCUGACUGUGAAGGUGUUGAGUGCAGGAACGGCGGCCUGCAUCGCUGACCUUGUCACCUUCCCGCUGGACACGGCCAAAGUCCGCCUGCAGAUCCAGGGGGAGAAAGCGGUGACAGGAGCCGCUAAAGGCAUCCGCUACAAAGGUGUUUUCGGGACCAUCAGCACCAUGAUGAGGACGGAGGGUCCGCGCUCGCUCUACAACGGCCUGGUCGCUGGCCUGCAGAGACAGAUGGCCUUCGCCUCCAUCCGAAUCGGCCUCUACGACAACGUCAAGAGCUUCUACACGCGUGGAAAAGACAACCCCAAUGUGGCGGUGCGGAUCCUGGCAGGUUGCACCACCGGAGCGAUGGCCGUGUCCAUGGCUCAGCCCACAGACGUGGUAAAGGUGCGUUUCCAGGCUCAGAUGAACCUCCAGGGUGUUGGCAGAAGAUACAACGGCACCAUGCAGGCCUACAGGCAGAUCUUCCAGCUUGAGGGACUCCGCGGUCUCUGGAAAGGAACUCUGCCGAACAUCACAAGGAACGCUCUGGUCAACUGCACAGAACUGGUGUCUUACGAUCUUAUCAAAGAGGCUAUUCUUAAACACAGACUACUGUCAGACAAUCUUCCGUGUCACUUUGUGUCUGCGUUCGGCGCGGGCUUCAUCACGACGGUGAUUGCAUCUCCGGUGGAUGUGGUAAAAACACGGUACAUGAACUCUCCACCGGGACAGUACAGCGGCUCCACCAACUGCGCCUGGACCAUGCUCACUAAAGAGGGACCCACAGCUUUCUACAAAGGAUUUGUCCCGUCGUUCCUGCGGCUGGGCUCCUGGAACGUGGUGAUGUUCGUGUCAUUUGAGCAGCUCAAACGGGCCAUGAUGGUGUCCAGAAACAGAUUCGAAGCCGCAGCGUAGAAGCUAAAGACGAGAUGCAAUCCUCUCAAACACACACCCACGGACUCGGACGAGCUGAUUGAACAUCUGACAGAGCGAUGAAGACCACCGCAUGUGAAUUAUUUGUGGACAGGAAAACAGUAUUGAUGCGUUCAGUGUAGCAUUCCAUAGAAACAAACCUUUUCUCCUUCAGCGCAGUUCUUCAUCACGACAGUUGAAGGCAAAUAUUUACUUUAUUUUUUUGUCAUUUUCCAAAGUGCUGUUUUUCAACACAUUUUUAAGUUUAAUAACUCAUAACUGAUUUCUUUUAUCUUUGCCAUGAUGACAGUGUGUAAUAUUUUACUAGAUAUUUUGCAAGAUACUAGUAUCCACACUCAGCCAUAUGACCCUGCAGCCCAAGACUGGUUACUCACUGAAGCUAAGCAGGGCUGAGCCUGUCCACUACCUGGAUGAGAGACCACAUGGGAAAACUAGGAUGCUGUUGGCAGUGGUGUUAGAGAGGCCUAGUCCUAGAGUCCUAAUGCCCCAGUAUAGUGAAGGGGACAUCAUACUGUCAGUGAGCGACGUCUUUCGGAUGAGACAUUAAACCAAGGUCCUGACUCUCUGUGGUCAUUAAAAAUCCCAUGGCACUUCUCGUAAAGAGUAGGAGUGUAACCCCGGUGUCUUGGCCAAAUUCCCUCAUUGGCCGUGACCCCUCCUAAUCAUCCCCAUGCAGCAAAUUGGCUCUAUGACUGUCUGACCACUCCAUCUAUGUGUGGUGUCCUGUGGCUGCCAUUCAAGUGGAUGCUGCACACUGGUGGUGGUGUGGAGAGACCCCCAUUGUGCAGUGCUUUGGGUGUAUGGCCAUACAUGAUAAAUGUGCUAUAUAAAUACACACAUUACAUAACAUUCAGCUUAAAUUGACAUUUAAAAAGUUAAAUAGUUUUGGUAAUUAGGCAAGUCAUUGGACAACAUUAGUUUGUGCUGUAUUUAAUCAAAGAAAAAACGAUUUCUUAAGGGGGCUAAUAAUAUUGACCUUAAAAAAAAGUAAGCUGCUUUAUUUCAGUCAAACUAAAAUAAAUUUUCUCCAGAAGGAAAAACAUGAUAGUAAAUAGUGUGAGAAAUGUCUUUGAGCUGCUAAACAGCACUUGUGAAAUAUUUUUAAAGGAUUAAAAGUGUCAAAUGCGGGAGAAUAAGUUUAUCUUCGGCUGUAAACACUUCUGAAAACUGUGGUGAAGUACAGCGAGUGAUCAUCAUACACACACAGAUUGAAGGACGUUCAGAAAGGCACCCCCUCUAUAUGUUAAUGUACAUAAUGUUUAUGUGAUAUUUAUGUUUCCUCUUUUUAUUUUUAAAAGCAGUUUGUGCAACUGUUUUAUCUUAUAAAGAUCUAUUUAACCAUAAAUGUUCUCCAACACGUAACCCUGGAAUGAUCUAGAAAGUGAGAUCGCCUCAUUGCUGGAAACUCAUAAAGACCUGAAGAUAAGCUUCAAUAAAACACCUUGAUGGAA